AUGAACUUCAAAUAAGAGUAGAGUUUAUCUAAAUAAAAAUCUAACUAAAAACUAUUAUUUAGAGCAGACCAUAUCCAAGUUACCAAUCCAAAGUCUAUUCCAAAUACACCAACAUCCUCGAAGCACUAAAAAGUGAAUUCCAUUAAGCGUAUCCAUACUGUUAAUGGUUCAGAAAAACUAGAUAAAUUACUCGAUCUUAAAAAUAAAAGAAUAGCUCGAAAAUAAUAAAUCUCACUUGAUUCGGAGCCCAAAUAACUCUUUAGAAAAGCCAGCUAAUUAACAAUAUAAAGUGAUACAGAUCUAACCAACUUCAUUCAAAUUAAAACUACUAGAACAACGAGAGAGCAUAAAUUCGAAGACUUGCCUCAAAUGAAGACACCGAACAACCAAUUAAUUGGAUGUGGAUAGAAAUAAAACAAAUUCUAAUAAUGCGAGUCGCAGAAGAAUAAUAAUAUUUUGGAUUUACUUUUAUUAAAUACAUAAUAAUUGAAAGACAUUUUCCAGAAAGUUAAGGAACCUUAGAUUCGAUAGAAACCAAAAAUCAACAAUAUUAAGGGAUUUCCAUCUGAUUUCUUUUCUAUAUAAUGA